AUGUAUGAAGAUGCGUGGUACAGUUUUGUACCGGAAACACAUUCCAAAAAGGACGAUGUCGUUCCGCAGGCAUCACAACAUCGUCGCAAGGAAUCUCUGUUGCAGCAAACUAACGGUAACAAUCAGAUGUUGGACCAGAACUCUUCAUUGCUGGGGAUAUAUGAGGACGAACCUUCAUCCAGAGAACCCCCAAAAGCUACAUUGGCAAGAAGAGCAAAAUCAUAUAGCGAUUUCUACGAAGUAGCUAUGGCAUAUAUAAACAAGGAAGUGAACGAUGGCAAGACAGAGAACGAGCGCGAUUUCGAAGCAGGGGAACCUAAGAUUCCUCUUUUUGAGGAGCGUUACAGCGCGCUCGAGGACGAUCUUUUGGACGGAAGCCUGGAGGAGUAUCAGUAUGUAGAUGCAAGUAAUCAAUUAAUCCUAUCGGAGCGUCACCUUGACAACCUUUUAAGUGAUACUUCAAGUGCGCUUGAUACACUAGCCACCCUGUCAGAAUCAUUCAAGAAUGUCGAAGCGCAAACCACAGCCUUUCAAGCACAAUGUGAGGAUCUUUUGGAAGAACAAAAACGUAUACGUGAAUUGGCGGAUGAAGUCGGGACAGAUUUGCAAUACUAUGCCUAUCUUGAACCUCUGACUCGUCGCUUGAAUGCCCCUGGUGCUGGAAGGCUUGUCAAAAAUGGUGACUUUUUGGAAAUGUUGGAGAAUCUCAAUUCUUGUAUCGAGUUCAUGGAUCAGCAUCCAAACUAUAAAGACUCGACUGUAUAUAAGACUCGCUACACGACUCUUUUAGAUAAAGCCCUCAAUCUCGUCCAAGUUGCCUUCUCAAAUGCUCUUCGUGAGGUUUCAGACGAUGCCUCGAAGCAGCUGAAAGCGAAAGAACAAACGGAGACAAAUCAAUACAUUCUUCUCUAUGGCAAGUACGAAUCUGCUAAGGGGAGUCUAGGCCUUCCCAUUGAACGUCUUCUGACCACUGAGGAAUUUGCGUUUGGAAGAAGGGGAGAUGUGGACCGGACACCGUACAUCCAACAAUGGCAUAACCUAUAUCAGCAAUUACUUGAGGCCUAUAUAAGAUCUCGUGAUCCCGUCGGACCUCUUGUUCUUAAAAAUCUUCAAAAGUUCGCAACUAUUUCACCUCUCCCUGACAAGGAGUUUGAAUUAUUUGCUAGACGAUGUGUGCAAUAUGUCUUCGAUACAUGCCAGAAUGAGUUGAAACUGGCAGCUAAGUUCUUUCAGGACGGGCCUCUUAUGGCGGAUUACCCUCCGCCUCCUAAUCCAUGGAAUAUGCCUAGUGUAUACCUCGAGAAGUUGGAGGAGAGCUGCUUGUCUCAUGUUAAGACGCUUAAUGGAUUCCUAGCCCCAUACUUGAGCAAUGGUGACUUGCAUCGAGUUUGCGAUUUGGUUACCUGGCUUGGUGACACUUUUAUCUCGGCGGAGGCACAUGAAGAUGAGAGUCGCGAUGGACAAAGAUUGGCUGCACAAGUUUUGUUGAGCGUUCAUCUAUGGCCAUUAGCUGAUCAGCUUUUUAUCAUGGAGGCAAGAAAACUCGAGCUCUUCAAAUCAUCGCCGGAAGAUCUCAAGAUUAUCUUUUCAAAUGCUCCAAAGUUAUCCAAUGAGAAAGUCAUUCCAACUAGUGGCUUGCGAGUAGAUACAAGUCUUAAAGCUCCCGAGGAAGGCACAUCUGUCGAGGCUGGAGUUUCAAACGCGUUUCCAACGGUCAAGACGGCCGUUAGUUUGCUCGUCUUAUAUAACGAAAGUAUGCAUGAGAGAACACUUAAGAAAGGCGAUGUUCUUUACGAGAUCGUACAUCAAACUACUGAAUCUCUCCAGAGAGCCGCCACGGUCAUAAAACGAACUUCAAAUAACAUCAUGGAUGCACAACUUUUCCUCAUCAAGAAUCUAAUGCUCAUCGAGAAUCUGUUCAUGACUCACGAGAUCCCAGACUCCAUUCGUCAAUCUGCCGAACUUGACUUCACUCCUCUAUGGGAAACCCUCAAGGAACUCCAAUCACGCCAUCAAGUGUUUAAUCCUCUUGCAUAUAUUAGACCAAUUAUCAAAGGCCAAUUGCUUCCUGCCUUGGUUGAUAAAGUACUAGAUGCAAGGAAGGAAUUAGAGAAGGUUUUGGUGCAACAAAUUACGGCAUUUACCAAGCACUGGCAAUCUAGGUUAUCAGAAAAGGAUCCGAAGAAGAGAGAUCAGGUAGCAACGGCUACACAGGAACUGGACGUUUUGUUAGAGAGUGUCUUUGAUGAAGAGACUACAAGAGCGGCAUUGUUGAGGAUGAUUAAAGGUGGUGAAGAAUAUUAG